AUGGCGAGCGAGCACUCGGCGCUCCUGGAGGGCUCUGGAGGCAACAGCACACCAAAAUACGGCACGAACGACCGGCCGCCAUCGAUUUCCAAUGGCUCCAGCGAAGCAGGAGGUUCGAAUGACAUUGAACAGCAAAAGGAGGAGAGUUCGAGGUCGUAUUGGGCAGUUGUCGCACCUAUGGCAGUAGGAAUCUUCCUAAGCGCCAUGGAUGGCACUAUCAUUGUGUCGUCGUACGCAUCUAUCGGAAGCGAGCUUAACGAGCUCAACAACACUAGUUGGAUUGCGACCUCGUACCUAUUGACCAUCACUAGCGUGCAUAUCGUCAGCAUCGUCGUCUCCGACGUGGUACCUCUCAGAUACAGAGGCACAUGGCAAGGCGUUCUCAACAUGGUCUUCGCAGUCGGCAACGCAACGGGCGCUUCCCUCGGAGGUUUCUUCUCCGACACCAUUGGCUGGCGCUGGUCCUUCCUUCUCCAAGUACCAGUCGCAAUCUUCGCCAUCAUCUCAGUCAGCCUCUCCCUCCACCUACCUAAAAUUGACAGCGGCGACCUUGUGGCCAAGUUCAAACGUAUCGACUUUAUCGGCGCCGUCACCCUUAUCAUCACGGUCUUCCUGCUCCUCGUCGGGCUCGACAGGGGCGGAAACAUCGGCUGGAGCGAUCCAUACACCCGCUACGCUCUCACCGGAUUCGUCUUCUUUGCCUCCUUCCUCGUCUUUAUCGAGUUCGAAUGGGCCAGGGAACCCUUUGCACCAAAGAGGAUUAUCAUCAACAGGUCUUUGAUUGCGAGUUACCUGGUCAACUUCUUCGGGAUUGCAUCGGCCUUCACGGUCCUCUUCCAUGUCCCGCUCUACCUUCAGGCUGUGCAGAGCAAGACGGCGUCUCAAGCGAGUUUGUCCCUUAUCUACAGCGUCGUCGCCGCAAUGGCCGGCUCGCUCGGCGGAGGGCUGAUCAUGCAGUCGACGGGGAAGUACUACUGGCUGACCUUCUGGUCCAACGUCCUCCUCGUUGUGGGCAUCGGUGCACUCACACUCUCAUCUGGAAUCAUCGUGUCUUCCGCGUUGUCUAUCACUCUGGGAACGAGUAUCACCACCAGCUUGAUUUCGCUCAUCGCCAAUGCGGGUCAAGAGGACCAAGCUAUCGCAACUGCGGUGUCAUACCUGUUCCGCUCACUAGGCUCAGUGGUUGGGCUAUCUUUGGGAAGCACAAUCGUUCAAAUCACACUUCGAUCCACCCUCCGCGCAAGAUUAUCGGGCGACAGCGAUAGUGACAUCGAAGAGAUCGUUCGAAGAGUCCGGGAAUCACUGACCUAUCUAGACGAACUAGACGAAGCCACAAGAGCGAUUGUGCGCGGGUCAUACGAAGUUGCGAUCCAAGCGACCUUUGUAUUCGCGACUAUUGUCGCUGCACUGGCGUUGGUUUCUUCCAUGUAUAUCAAAGAGAAACCGCUCCCUAGCAGGAAAUAG